GAUGCUUUUAUUUAUUUUUAGAUGUUAGAGAAAUUAGAUGCAGUUGAGAAACAUUAUUUACCAAUCGUAGAACAACUUAUGAAAGGAGUCGAUAUAAAUUUAAUAAUAGAAAAAGAAGAAUCAUCAUCAAAUAAAGAUGAAAAAAUGGAAGAAAUGAAAACAAUAAAAGAAAGGAAUACUGAGAUACCAAGUGAUAUGGAAGACGAUUUUUGUUUAAAAUCAUCUGGUAGUGAUGAUGAUGAAUCUGAUUAUCCAAAUAAUUCAUUAACAAGUAGUAAUAAAAACAACACUGAAGAAAAGAGAAGUAUCACAUAUGAAAUUGCCAAGAAUAAAGGUUUGACACCACACAGGAAAAAAGAAGUAAGAAAUCCCAGAGUGAGGCAUCGCAAGAAAUACGAAAGAGCAAAAGUUAAAAGAAAAGGACAGUUUCGGGAACCAAUGAAAGAAUUGCAAAGAUAUGGAGGAGAAAUAUCUGGUAUUCGUGCUGGAGUUUGUAAAAGUAUCAAAUUGAAAUAAAUUUUAUUGUUUUGUACAAA